AUGGUUGCGAUGAGAAAUUUUGAUUUAUGGUGUUGCUAUCGUGAAGGCUGUUUGUGUCUAAGUUUCUGUAUGCAUGAUAUGGAUCUACGUAACAUAAAACAAAACAGAAAUGGAAGUAAAAGAGAAGGAGAUAAGAUUGUGACAAAAGACAACAUCAAAGUUUAUUUCACUGAGGUGUCAGAACCUUAA